AUGUUUUCUACAAGAAAAAAAACAUCACGUUUAAAUAAACGAUUAGCACAUUUACGUCGUCGUCAUUCAGAUUUACAUGCUAUAAUUGAUAUUUUUAAUUACUCAGGUGCUCAUGUUUCAACAACCGCAUCAUCCUCAUCAUUAUUUACUACAAACGAUAUUCCAUCUUUAUCUUCUUCAUUACUUCCAUCAACAUCACAAGAUCCACUGAAUGUUUCACCGCACGAAAGCUGCUGUUCCUCUUCUUCUACUUCCCCUUCUCUAUCUUCUUCAUCAUCAUCAUCUUCUUCAGCAUCAUCAUCUUCUUCAUUAUCAUCCUUGUCAGACUUUGACAAUUUAGAUAACGAUCCUUAUUGUUCUAUUAACAAUAAAAUAUUCAAUUCAAAUAAUAUAGAAGGUUCAAAAGACACUUUCAUAAAAUUUUUUACUGAUUAUGAUUUACAAAAUCCUUCAGAACCUCUUACUUCAAAAGAAAUAGCUGUAUUACUCAUUGAAUUACGCAAUCGACAUUCUUUAACAAAAACAUGUAUCACACAUUUUUGUCGGCUUUUACAAUUAUUAAAAGUUCCAAAUGCUCCACCAAGUUUUGAUAGUAUUGAAUCUCUAAUUCUUUCUGCUUAUCAAUCAACUACGUUUCCAACUCAAAGCAUUAUAUGUCCUUCAUGUCAUCAGAGAUCUUCCAGUACAAAGAGAUGUACAAGUACUCAUGAUUGUGCAUCGAAUCAUUCGUUCAUUUGCUUACCAACUAUAAAUUACACAUUUGCUCUUGAACCACAAUUACGAGCAAUUCUCGAAAGAAAUCAAAUUGUAUUUUCAAAAUUUAAUGAUGGGUCCAUCUCGGAUAUAACUGAUGGACAAUUUUAUAAAAAAUUACUUCGAAAAGAAUCAGAACCAUUCAUUACAUUGUUAAUGAAUUCCGAUGGUGGUUUAGUUAAAGCAAUUUCUACGUCAAUAUGGUGUACAACCUUUGUGGUUAAUGAACUACCCAGAGUAAUAAGAUUUCUUCCAGAAAACACGAUAAUCGGAAUGAUUUCCACAGGAGCUACAAAACCGAAAAAAGAUGCAAUGUCAUCGAUUAUGGAAGAUCUUGUAAAAGAACUUCAUAGAUUGGAAGAAGGAAUUUCUGUCCUUCUUACAUCAGAUGAUUCGAAUAAUUUAGAACAACUUAUCCGAAUAUUUUUAAUUGGUUGUGUCUGCGAUAAACCAGCAACGUCACUUGUACUUAACCAUGUCGAAUGCACCGGUUUUUUUGGAUGCAUUUAUUGUACUAUGAGAGGUAAAUCGAUAGAAGUACGAAAUACAACUAUUCGUUCAUUUGUGUAUGAUCCAAAUGAAAAAGUCAUAUUACGAUCGAAUAAAACCUAUGAUGAUGCUAUUGAAUUUAUUAAUAAUGAUUACAAAUUAACUAAUUCAACUAAGAUUUCAAAAGCAGCAGCAAAAGAAUAUUUACAAGGUGUUAAAGGACCAUGUCUUUUACGACAAUUAAAAUAUUUCAAUAUUUACACUUCGUUUCUUUGUGAUACACUUCACAAUCUGUAUUUAGGAGUUAUGGGAAAAAUGUUGAAAUUAUUCUUAUCGAAACGAUCUAUUAUCGAAGGUAUAUCAGCUGCUAUGACCUCAUUUGCUCGAACAAUACAUGGUGGAUUUGCACCACUACGUGAAUUGAUUAAAAAUAUCGACUUAUGUCGUCAAUCAUCAAUUCAUGUUUCUUCCACAUCAUUUUCAACAAUAGCAAAAGAAUAUGUCAGUGGAAUAUUUUCUUCACGUCAAAUUAUUUUUAAACAUGAAGAUGCUUUACCUAAUAUAAAGCUACAUCAAAAAAUCACACCACCACCAUCUAAUUUCUUUCAGAAAUUUCCAAAUUCAUCGUCAUCUAAUGUUUUAUUUUAUAAAACAUUAUUUCUUGAUCGUUUAAGAUUUAGUGCUGAUGAUUUUACAGUACCUCGACAUUCUAAUGAUGCUUGUAUUUUGUAUCAAACAAAAAAGAAUUACAAUUCCAUCGGAUUCAUAUUAUUUAUCAUUCAUUUCAUUGAUAAAAAUGAAAUCUAUCUAUUCUUAAACAAAGUAAAGCUUAUAUCAACAGCUGACACUGUCGACAUCCAAGGAAGAAAUUUUAGAUGUAAUAAUAUAUUAAAAGGUGUAGUUGUACCUGAUUCUACGACUAUCAUUCAACCAUCUCAAAUUUUGCAAAAACUUGCUUUUCGACCGAUAUCCAAUGAUGAUCCAACAGCAUCAAAAGCUUUCGUUUUUUGCCGAUAUCCGAAUUUAAGAGAAUGUUCUUGA